AUGGUCUGCACGUCUCAACUCAUUCGCUUUAUCCUCGAGGCGGCGAGUGGUAUAGCCGAAGUUGUCAAUCGGAAAAGCUGCUCAAACCCAAGCGAAAUGAGCCCACUUUGUACCGAGUCUCUCAAGACUUCGAGCUUAGGCACCUUAGACAUGGGCACACUCCUCACUUGUGUGAAAGUCAGGGCUGACGCAACACAACCAAGGAACUGCCUUGCCUCUUGGCUGGACGGAGACUCUGCGUUUCACUUGUUGCCACAACACGACUAUUCCGCUAGCAUUGGUGAUCAACCUUUGCAGGGAGAGCCGGAGCGCGACCUUAUCUACCAAGCUGGAUCUGGAAGUGCAGUCUGGAUCGUUGGCAACAAAGUCGUCUGCAAAGUGGACCAGUCCAUAAACCGCUCGUUCCUCAUCAUGAAACGCAUUCACGCUCGUACACUGGAUGUGGCAUGGCCAUCGCUCACUCAAACACAGCGACUCAACAUCGCAAACGAAAUAGCAAACCAUACUGCCCUUGUGGCUACCAAGACUAGUACCCACUACCAAACCGUCUCGGGCUACGGUGUCGUUAAGCCGUGGCUCAUGCAAGGCUAUGACUUCCAUGGCCCAAUACACAGUUGGUUCCCCCGUACACUUGGACCUUUGGCGGGCUCGGAGUUGCGAGCGCAUUGGACCAACAUCUCCACCACACCUCCGCCUACUUUUGAGGACCCACUUGUUCUUUGCCACGAUGAUCAAGGGCCCACCAACAUUCUCGUCUCCGAUUCUGGCGACAAUGUCGCGGCAAUUCUUGAUUGGGCGAAUGUGUCUUACGUGCCUCGCUUCUGGGUUGCUACCGUUGUGCUUACUACCGCAGCUUAUCGCUUUGACUUCGAUGGCGAGGGCUCAAGAGAUUGGGCGGUGAUGCUUGCAGAAGCACUGAAGAAGCAAGGGUUCGAGCAUGUUACGGAUUAUCGAAAGUGGCAUGACACGGUGGCAAAGUACGAUACUGAGGACGACAAGCUGGAGUGGAGCAAAGUGCAACUAAGUGCACCUUCGUGA